AGUUUAAGCUCAGUUUCAGCUCAGUUAGGAGGGACUCACAGUAUGACUACAGCAGGUAAACAGAUAAACGUCAGGAUUCACACAAUGUCACAAACUGUUUUCUGUAUUGUCUUACCUUUUAUAUAGACUUGAUGAAUUUAUUUACUGUGCUGAAUACUAUUAGUGUGUUUAAUAUUUAGCUACACAUAGUCCCAAACAAGCGCAGAGCUUAUAGUUAGUUUUACUAAAACAAAAUGUAACAGUGGAAUUGAUUCAUCCUAUGUACAGUGUUAUGACUUCUUUAUGAGACAAAAGGAGGAUCAUGAUAAAUUCUACACAGGUUUCAUAUUUCACACUUGCUGCCUAUUUUGAAACUGGGCUUUUUAAAUACUUGUAUUUAAUGGUUAUUAUGUCUUUAUAUAUGUUAAUUGUUUGUGCAAAUGUUUUGCUCAUCGUGGUUAUCUGUAUGAACAGAAGCUUACAUGAACCUAUGUACCUUUUUCUGUGCAGCCUGUUUGUAAAUGAGCUGUAUGGUAGUACAGGGUUGUUUCCUUUCCUUCUGGUUCAGAUUCUCUCUGACGUUCACACUGUUUCUGCUCCAUUUUGUUUCCUGCAGAUUUUCUGCUUGUAUACAUAUGGAAGUGUGGAAUUUUUCAACUUAGCCAUCAUGGCUUAUGACAGAUACCUUGCUAUCUGUUGUCCUCUACAAUAUAACACCCAAAUGACAUCUAAAAAAAUUGCCAUGCUUAUUGCUGUAACAUGGUUUUGCUCUUUUCUACUAUCUCUUGUGAUGAUAUCCUUGAGUAACUCUUUACAGCUGUGUGGGACCACUAUUAAGAAAGUGUACUGUGACAACUACUCCAUUGUGAAAAUGGCAUGUUCUGACAUCACGAUCAAUAAUAUCUAUGGACUCUUUAUCACUUCAAUCUCAAUCUUUUGUCCUCUAAUUCUAAUUUUUUACACUUACAUUAAGAUUCUUAAAGUUUGUUUUUCUGGUUCCAAACAGACGAGACAAAAAGCUGUCAGUACCUGCACACCUCACCUUGCUUCCCUCCUGAACUUUUCUUUCGGGGCCUGCUUUGAAAUAUUACAGAGCAGGUUUAAUAUGAACAAUCUACCCAAUAUUUUGAGAAUUGUUUUAUCAUUAUACUGGCUUAUGUGCCAGCCGCUUUUCAACCCUUUACUGUAUGGUCUAAAUAUGUCCAAAAUCCGCAUCCUAUGUAAAAGUCUUGUCUUUGCUGAAAUGUAGGCCACUUAUGUAAUGACCAUCCAACAGAUUUCUGUGUUUCCUAGACAUUGAAAAUGCAUUUGUGGUUGUUUAAGGUCUAAAGUAUGACACUUGAAAUUCUAAAGCUGCCCUGAUUAGAUAAAUUAGCUUGCCAUGUCGAUUUUAAAUUAAUGUACAUUUUCUCAUCAUACUGUGUUUUGAAAUGCAUUUCCACAAAGAUGGAUGAACAAAAAUAACAAAUUAAAAGAAGAAAUGUUUUUUAUUGAAAGCAAAGUGGUUUUGAUAAGCUGUAAAUAAAUCAUACAUGGAAAACAUUGACAUUUGCAGUUGUUGCUGCUAAGGGUGGCCCAACCAGUUAUUAGGUUUAGGGGGGAAUCACUUUUUCA